GCCUGUUUGACCACGACGAUAUGUAAACAAGAUAAUAAUUGACUAAAAAAGAGCCUUAUUUAAAAUUCUAAAUGGGGUUUGAUCUUUUACCAUUGCACAAGAUCCCCAAAUAUUCUAGGGAGUGUGCUGACGUUUUGAAUGAAGAGUGGAAACGGAGUCUAACAGCAAGGCUUCACACCUUUGAGAAAUCUCGUGACGAGUUUCCAGUGAACCUAGUCUUGUUGGAGAAUGCAAAAACUGCGGAGGCAUUUGUUGUUGGCCACAGUAGACUUUCCCUUGUACAGGGGCAGCAGUGCCCAAGCUGCCUUGUUGAAUCAGUGAUCAUUAGGAAGAAACUAAGAGGGACUGGACUUGGUAGGAUUCUGAUGGAGAAAACUGAGGAGUUUGCUAAAAGAUCUGGCUUGGAGAUGAUGUACCUGACAACUCAUGAUAAGGAGAAGUUCUACAGUCACCUUGGAUAUGAGGUCUGCUCCCCCAUUGUGUUUCUUGGCUCUGACAUAAUACCGGAACAUUUGGCUGCAAAGUUGAUGAAAAAUCUCAUCAUAUAUGAUAACGAAAAUACAGUUGUGAAACAGCAAUCUGAACAACAAGAACACCAUUGUGGAGACAAGGAUGAACAAUCAGUGCAUAAUAAGAGUGACAGUAUUACAAGGAAUAAUGAGAACGAUCUUGACUCAAAUGACAGCAAGCGUGUGCCUCAAAUCCCUGCACCCCCUUCAGCCCCUCUCUGCUGCCCUGCUCCCCCUCCUCCACCCCCUGUAGCCCAGCCCCGUAAGAAGUCAGAUAUCAGUAGGUUUGAUCCUUCAAAGGUUAUAUGGAUGAAAAAGAGUUUGAAGUGACAUGUAUUGUUUUAGAAAUAAUUUUAUAUGAUUUUAUGUUACAAGACUCAUAAUACAAUGAUUAGCCUCUCUAAAUUUUUAUUUAUUUUUCGAAGAUAAAAGUCCAGUUAUUGUUA